GAGUACUUCCCAGCGCCUUGGAAGACUGGUGGCCUGAGCGCGCGAACGCGAUCCGUGGCGCGCCUUCGCUGCUUGCUUUCGACAUUCAGAGAGAGAGAGAACUUGCCAAAGCUGCUGUUAAAGAGCUCGCUUUUACUCUUCCCAACGAAGCAGAAAGUCUUGGCAGCCAUCAUCGGAAAAAUACUCGCGGCGCUCAGAAGCCAGGAAGCGUUGCAGGCAGUUCGCCCUGUUGCUACUCUCCGGUGGCUGCUGGCUAGUCAGCCGUCCCUGCCUUGCGCAUCAGCAGGUUGUGAACGGGCGGCGGCUUUUUCAAGAGAAAGUGGGGAGGGAGGGAGCUGAUCGCGCGUCCCUCCCCACUCUCGCCUGGGGGAGGGGAAAGGAGAUGAACCCCGCAUUGUUCCCCUAGCAGGCGGCUCCUUCUGGGCCAUGGGCUCCUCGCCUUUGUUCCCAGGCUGAGCGGGCGGGCGCCGAGCGCUGUCUCCUUUCUGAUCCAGAGCAAACGCGGAGCUUUGCCGGGGCAAGAUGGAUGUGACCAUUUCCGAGCUCCUGGAACUCUUUCUGCAGAGUCCUUUGGUGACCUGGGUAAAAACAUUUGGACUGCUAGGGAAUGAUAAUGAAGACAAACUUGCGGUGUAUAUGAAUCUAGCAGAUGGAGUCUUCCUGAAUAAAAUAAUGCUGCAAGUGGAUCCACGCCCAACAAACCAGCGGGUCAAUGAGCAUGUCAACAAUGAUGUAAACCUACGGAUUCAAAACCUCACUAUUCUGGUCAGGAACAUCAAAACCUAUUAUCAGGAAGUCCUCCAGCAACUGAUCAUAAUGAAUUUGCCAAAUGUCUUAAUAAUUGGCAAAGAUCCUCUCUCUGGUAAAAGUAUGGAUGAAAUUAAAAAGCUGUUACUUUUGGUAUUGGGUUGUGCUGUGCAGUGUGAAAGAAAAGAAGAGUUCAUUGAAAGAAUAAAACAGCUAGAUAUUGAAACCCAAGCUGCAAUUGUUUCACACAUCCAGGAGGUAACCCAUAAUCAGGAGAAUGUAUUUGACUUGCAGUGGCUAGAGCUACCAGAUAUGGCUCCAGAAGAACUGGAGUCUCUUUCCAGAAAUAUGGUUUUCCACCUUAAGAGGCUGAUUGAUGAGAGAGAUGAGUGCACAGAGUUAAUUAUAGAUCUCACUCAAGACAGAGAUUACCUGCAGUCACAACAGCCACUGAGUCCUCUGAAAGCACCAAGUCCAGCGUCUUCUCCAAAUCUUGCCAGCUGUCUCUCCAAUGAGGACAAACAGCAUUUAUCUGUGGAGCUUGCAGAUGCAAAGGCCAAACUAAGGAGGAUCAGGCAGGAGCUGGAAGAAAAAUCAGAGCAGCUUGUUGACACCAGACAUGAAGUAGAUCAGCUAGUCCUGGAACUACAGAAAAUAAAGCAGGAGAAUAUUAACCUCAUGGCAGAUGCCCGCUCUGUUCGGGCCUACAGAGAUGAGUUGGAUUCCUUGAGGGAGAAAGCAAACCGAGUGGAGAGACUUGAGAUGGAGCUGGUCCGUUGUAAAGAGAAGCUUCAUGAUGUGGAUUUCUAUAAAGCACGGAUGGAGGAGCUUAGAGAAGACAACAUCGUAUUAAUUGAAACAAAGACAAUGUUGGAAGAGCAGUUGAUGAUAGCAAGAGCUCGUGGUGAUAAAUUGCAUGAAAUUGAAAAAGAAAAUUUGCAGUUAAAAUCCAAACUUCAUGACAUAGAACUGGACAGGGAUACCGACAGAAAGAGAAUUGAAGAGCUGCUGGAAGAAAAUAUGGUGCUGGAAAUUGCACAGAAACAAAGUAUGAAUGAGUCAGUACACCUCGGCAAGGAGCUGGAACAACUGUCAAAGAGUACAGAUCUCUCAGACACAAGGAAAUCUUUUGUCUUUGAGUUGAAUGAAUGUGCAUCAAGUCGCAUCUUGAAACUUGAGAAGGAUAACCAGAGCCUGCAAAAUAUCAUUCAGGAGCUCAGAGAUGCAUCUGUAGCCACUGAAGAGAAUAGCCUCAAAUUUGUAGAACUACAAAAUGAGAAUCAACAGCUUGGCCAGAAGAUUGAGAAGCUGCAAAACCAGAUAGAAAAAGAGAAGCAAAGUAACCAAGAUUUGGAGGCUUUAAGUGAGGAACUCUUGAAAGAAAAGCAGGAGCUGAAGGACACAAUGGAGGCUUUAAAGGCUGAUCGAGAAAGACAGAUAAAAGACCUAGAAAAAGAAACUGAUCACCUGAAUCAAAUGGUUUUGUCUCUAAGACAGAGAUCUCAAGUCAGUACCGAGGCCAAAGUGAAAAACAUUGAAAUAGAAAACAAAAUACUUCAUGAGACAGUUACUGAGAGCAAUAGCAAGCUCAGUAAGCUUGAAUUUGAGAAGAAGCAGUUGCAAAAAGAUUUUGAGCAAGUUAAAGAAAAAGUAGAAAAAGUAAAAGAAAUGGACAAAGAGCUUCAUCGGCUAGAGAGGGAGAAUGAGCAGCUUGCCAAACAAGUUGCAAUCAUGAAAAUUACCACUGAGAAAGUAGAAGUACUUGAACAAGAAAACAAGGAUCUGGAAGUAGAGAACAGGAAGCUGAAAAAGUCUCUAGAUACUUUGCACAAUGUUUCUGUCCAGCUGGACAAUUUAGAAAAGGAUAAUAAACAGCUAGAUGACGAAAACCUGGAGCUCAGGCAAAUAAUAGAGACUAUGAGGUUCACCACUACAAAAGUAGCCCAAAUCGAGGCAGAAAACAAAGAGUUGGAAAAUGAAAAGGAGGAACUUAAAAAAAACAUAGACAUGCUGAAGGUUCUUCUCAAGAAAUCAGAAAGGUUGGAGCUUAGUUACCAGAGUAUGAAUGCUGAGAAUCAAAGACUGCAGCAAAUUCUAGAAAGUAGCAAUAAAAAAGUUCAGCAGUUGGAAAAAGAACUCCAGGGUGUUGAAGAUGACAAUCAAAGUCUUCAGAGAAAAUUAGAGGAACUGAGGAUCUCAAAUAAGCAGGUGCAGUGGUUGGAAAAUGAGAAGAAACUGUUGGAGCAAGAAGUGUUCCAGUUAGAUAAAGACAAAAAGAUACUGGAAAAAGAGACAAAGAGACUAUGGCAGCAGGUGGAGCUCAAAGAUGCUAAUUUGGAUGAGAAUACUAUAAAAUUAACUGCAAUUGAGAAAGAAUACAAGAUUUUAGAAAGAGAGCUUGCUAGAGUCAGAGAUUCAUCAAAUAAGAUGAAGGAAUUUGAAAAGAACAACAAAGAUCUCCAGAAGCAAGUUACUAUUGAUAAGAGAACACUAGCUACUCUGCGAGAGGAUUUGGUUCUUGAGAAGUUAAAGAGCCAGAAGUUAUCUAGCGAGAUGGAUAAAUUGGACCAAGAACUAGAGAAGAUGGGAUUAAAUAAGGAGCUGCUUCUGCAGGAGGAUAAUGGCAACAAUGACAAGAAAUACAAAAUCUUGGAAAGCCAAACUGAAUGCAUUCUAAAGACGACACUAGCUAGUAAAGAAGAUAAAAUCGUUUCAUUGGAGUCCAAACUGCAAGAGUUUGUUAACUUGAAUCAACAGUUACAGAAUGAACUAAACAUGAUGAGGAAGGACUUCGCAUGUCUCAAGCAGAAGCAAGUAGAGGGAACUUUUAUGCAGAAGUUGAAUCAACCAUCAGAAAACUGUCAGAAGGAAGCAACGAUGGAGCUUCUCAAAGUGAAGGACAGAGCUAUAGAAUUAGAAAGAAACAAUGCAGCCUUGUAUACAGAGACACAACUUCUUAAGGAGCAACUACAACAUUUGGAAAUGCAGAAUGGCUCCUUCAGCAAUCAGAUCCUGACACUGCAAAAGCAAAAUGCUUUCCUUCAAGAGCACAACACUACAAUGCAAACACAAACAGCUAAGCUCCAGGUGGAGAAUUCAACCCUAAAUUCCCAGAGUACAUCCUUGAUGGCCCAGAAUACAUUACUCCAGAAUCAGCAGCUGGCCAAGGAAAACGAAUAUGACAACCUGAUGAAGCAGAAAGAACAGCUCAAAGCAGAGUAUGAGUCCCUUCUUCAAGAUCAUGAACACCUUGUGUUGCUGCACGAACGGCAGUCUACAGAAUAUGAAACACUAAUAAAACAGCACAGCAGCCUCAAAACUUUGCACAAAAAUCUUGACUUGGAGCACAAAGAUCUCAGAGGAAGAUACAGCAGUUUGAUAGAACACAAAACCAAACUGGAAGAGAUGGAGAUGAUUUUAAAGACAGAAAAGGAUGUUCUACAACAGGAGAAGAGAACAAGCACAAUAGUGGCUGCGGAGAACCAGGAACUUAGAGAAGAACUAGAACGGAUGACCAUCUCACACACCAAACUUAAAGCUGAGUACGAAGGGCUUCAUAUUCACACUAAGGAGCUGAAGACAUCCUUGAAUAAUUCUCAACUAGAACUGAACCGUUGGCAAGCUCGUUAUGAUGAACUGAAGGAACAGCACCAAACUAUGGAUAUCACCUUAACCAAACUGGACAACCAUUGUGAGCUGCUUGCGCGACUGAAAGGAAACUUGGAGGAAGAGAAUCAUCAUCUCCUCAGUCAGAUCCAGCUAUUGAGCCAGCAGAAUCAAAUGUUGCUGGAGCAGAACAUGGAGAAUAAAGAACAGUACCACGAGGAACAGAAGCAAUAUAUUGAUAAAUUAAAUGCCUUAAGGAGACAUAAAGAAAAACUGGAAGAGAAAAUAAUGGAUCAGUACAGGUUUUAUGAUCCAGCUCCCAAAAAGAAAAACCACUGGAUAGCAGCCAGAGCCUUGGUUAAAUUCAUAAAGCCGAAGAAAGAGUCAACCAGAGAACGAUUGAAAUCUUCAGCAGAUGGCUCUGUGCCUCAGUUGGAAAGCAUGGAGGCAACAGGUUCACAGUCUCCAUCACAGCUGCCCAAGCAGCAGAAGAGCCUGGAAAACACCUCCACAGAGUCCAGCUCCAUGGAAGACAAAGAGCAUAAGAAUGGACCCAUGGCCAGAGGGGAUUCAAAUCUGAAGAGAGUUUCUCACUGUGGGGGCAGCAGUGACCACAUUGAAAAUGCAACUGAUCCUGCUAUUAAACAGUGUUAUGUGGAGUCAAAUUCCAGGACUUCCUUUGCUCCAACUACCUAUUCAACUUUUACCUCCAUCUCUAGACAACCAAACAGACCGAAAGGCCAUAAUUCAGAUGGUGACCUGUAUGAAAAUUCCCCUGAGGCAGAGUUUUCCAAUAAGCAGCACAUGUCUGGGCCAAAUAGCUUAGAGAACAGAGAAAAUGCAUUCACUAGCAGCAACCCUUUAAACCUGAAAGGAUCUUUUGACCAUAUUCAUGACAGAUCAGAAAGUUUUAGCAGCGAAGACAUGGUGCUAAUGAAAGAGAUGCCUGGCACACCUAGAGAUGGUCUGUUUUGUUCCACCUCUUCUGCAGUUGUGGGUUCAAACACUAAGCACAGUUCCUCAUUUAAUAAGAAUGGCAUGUUGUUCUGUGAUAUAUCUCAGAAAAGCAAUCAAAUACAGAAGCAAUCUGUUAAGCACCAAUCUGCCUCUCCGGGUAAUGAGAUGGUAACCUUAGAAGAAUUCCUUGAAGAAAGCAACAGAUUAUCUCCAAUGAAUGAUAUAUCCAGUAAAGAUGACUUGUUGAGUGACUACUUCAGAAAAGCCAGUGAGCUUCCAUGUACUGGAGGUCACUUUCCUCAGGCACACAGGAAGGAGCCAAGCAAGACACCUACCAGUUAUGUCACUCCAACUAUAAAGGUGCCUGGCGCUGCUGAAGAUGGAAAGCCAACUAAACCAGGCCACUACGUGAAACCAAAUCUUAGACCGUCAGAGUCAGAACUUGGGGCAAACUCCAACAAGCUUACUCGUGCCUCUCGAAAUCAGGCCAGUCGAGCAUCAAAGUCAUUGGCAUCCCCUCAGCAGAACAAUAACAUGGGCAGGCAGAGCGCAUCACUGAACCGGGCCUAUAGCUUGGCUUCAGCAGAUCUUCUCAGAGCCACUGGCCCAGAUGUGUACAGACGGUAUGACAGUCUUCCAAAGACUGUGACUGCAGAUAUCCAAAUAGGCAAGGACUCAGAAAGCCAGACUUCCCAACUGCCUUUAGCUUCUACUUCUCAAAACUCUCUGAGAGAGAGGUCACAGUCUGCAAAGAUAACGGGUUCUUUGCAAAGUGUUGAUUCUCGCUGUCGACAGCUUGAUGUUAGGCGCCUUUCUCUUGCCCCUCCAAAAGAUGAGAAGUCACUUUUGUUUCCUCCAUUUUCUUAUUCUUCCACCACUUCUAAGGAUAAUCUUUCCUCUCAACCACAUGAACGGGCAAAAGUAGAUUUGGAACAGCACUGUUCUCCACAAUAUGCAUCUAAAAGCAAAUCCAAGCCAUUGUUGCAGAGUGGGGAGGUGGCCACUGUGACUCCUGUCAGAGUUGUUCCCAACAGUACAGAAGGGAACAAUCCCCAAGGAGCUGGAUCAACUGACAUCUGUGUUGCCAAAUGCCAAAAUCCAUCACCAGAAAUUAAAGUUUUGGCAGGGGGCACUGAGGAAACAAACAGAGGGCUUGGUUCCAAGAACCCCCCUUCAUCACCAGAUCCCCCCGUUGAUCAGCAAACUGUUUGGUAUGAAUAUGGCUGUGUGUGACUCCUCAAUUCCGCUUUGCCAAGGAUUGUGUAAGAUAUGCUUCACUACUGAAAAUUGGGUGACACUGGGAGUUUUGCUAAACACUGUGGUCUUAACUGUCCUCUGGAUGCUUUACAGUUCAGUAGAAACGUGUAUUAGCAUACUUGAGAUUGAAAACUGGAACAGUUCUCAUGUCUAGAAGACUAUUUGAAUGAUUUAAGCAUCUCCUCUUCCUCCUCCUCUUUAAAUCUAGGAUCAUGCUCACCAUAAUACAGGGUGCUUACCAUUUGGUCUUCUUGCGCCUUUUGCAGGCCCUUUUCUUCUUUUACUGUUUGGGAAAUUGUAUCUGUGUGUUUGUCUACUGAGCUCAAGCCUUACUCAGUUUUAAGACAAUUCCAUUUUAUUUUUAAAUACCAACUUUUUACAAAUCUGAAAUGUUCUUUUGGGUGUUGUUAAAAGCAGCAUGAUGCAAGCAUACUGCCUUUGCACUGGUGGUUAUCUCAUUACCAGUCAGAGGCUUUCUAAACAUCCUGGCUUCUUUGCUGUACUUACACUAGAGUGCAGUAGAGAUGCUACUUUUUUAUAUAUGUCUGAUAUUUUUAUUGAAAACACUGGAAGUAAUGCCCCUUAUUGAGGGGCAUGGUCUCUUUUAAGUGGCAACUUUUCAUGCACUGGACUGAUCUGUUUACUACUCCGUGCAUUAAAUUACUUAAUGGCUCCACCGGUUGCCUAGAGAGUCUGUACAGUCAGUCUCCUCUCCUAAUGUGUACAGUUCUUUUGUCUAAAUGAUAUAUAGGAGAUUCUUUUAAUGAUGCUCAUGGCUAUUGCAGUGUUGAAACUUGCAAACUAUUUCAAUAAAUAAUUACAAGUUCAGGCCUUGGUUCUAAUUUGGUCAGCACGAUCUGUAGAAACCAAGUUCCAUUUAUAUACGUAUUUUUAUGAAAUCGUAUUUAUGCCCAGAUGAAAUAUUUUACUCUGUGAGUUUAAUUGGCUUCUUGUGCGUAUCUCCUGCUUUGUUGUUUUGCUUAUAAAGAAAUCCUUCUUUCUAACAGAUUGACACCACAAAACUUCUCUGGAUUUGUGAUUUACGACAGAAAAUACUGAAUCUGUAAUGGAUCUCACACAACCAGCGACUAGAGUGUGUCAUAGUUUGUAGCAAUCACAUUGUGAAAAGAGCAGGUUUACCUGUAAUAAAGACUUUUUAAAAUACAAA